UCUCUCUCUCUCUCUCUCUCUCUCUCUCUAUAACUGACAGGCAACCGACUCACUCUCAAAGCUUGUCUUCCUUUCCUCUUAUUUCUCCACAGUUUUCACUCCUCCAUCUCUCCCCACAGUAGUGCUCUUGUCCUUGCAAUUGACGACCGCUCGAGUGGUUCCAAGUUUAGAACUUUUGGCCUUUGUGGGAUUGGACCUGUGACCUUUCGAGCAAGCUUUCCCUGCAUAAUCUAGAGUCCCGAUCUUUGCAACUUCAGAUGCCUCUUAUCUGUGUUGUUAGAGUUGGUGAUGAAAAACAUUGAACUGAAAAACAAAGAGAGCAGUGUAUUUGGCUCAGUAACGAGUAUUAACUUCACGCAUUUGUCCUUUCCUUAAUAGCCACAAAAUCUUGUGCUAAGCAAAGGAAAAUGGUUGGUAAAAGAAUAUUAGAAGGAAAUUCUUAUCGGCCUACACCUUUGCACGUUUCAAAUUUGAAUGCAAGUAAAUCACAGCUUGAUGCAACAGAGUACAAAUCAAUGGAUUCUCAACGACGGUGGAUUACCAAUGCUUUAGCUGAUCAAACAGAUUCAAGCUUAGCUUUGGUUGAUUUGGAACAAAUACCAACAAAUCUAAGUCCUACGGUUACCGACACUGGGGGUUUACUUGAAUGUGGAACUUAUCAAGAAAAGAAAGAAUCAGAACAUGGGUAUAUAAAGGAUAGGUCACCUUCAACUAAAGUAAGUGAUCGGUCCAGUAGCCUUGAAUAUGCUAGUGGGAUUGCUAAAAUUAGCAGUCAAGCUGAUUUUGUUGAGAGUGAGCAGAGCAGCACGUGCAUGGGUAGCUCAAGCAGUGAUAUAAGUUUUGAUAGUAGUUUUAGCAGUUUUAGAAGAAGUGUUAGCAAACCCCACAAGGCAAACGACUCAAGAUGGGAAGCCAUUCAAGUUUUCCAAGAAAAAGACGGUGCUUUGGGUUUGAGCCAUUUCAGAUCGCUGAAGAAGUUGGGACGGGGGGAUAUGGGAAGUGUCUAUCUUUCAGAGUUGAGAGGGACGAAGUGCUUCUUUGCCAUGAAGGUUAUAGACAAAAAAUCACUAGAUACCCAGAAGAAGCUGAUUCACGCUCAGACAGAAAGAGAAAUACUAGAGUCCUUGGAUCAUCCCUUCCUUCCAACAUUAUAUAGUCAUUUUGAGACUGAAAAAGUCUCGUGCUUGGUAAUGGAGUUUUGCCCAGGAGGUGACUUGCAUGUACUCCGGCAGAAGCAACCAGGAAAGCGAUUUCCCGAAGAAGCUGUUAGGUUUUAUGUAGCAGAGGUUCUCCUUGCUCUUGAAUACCUCCACAUGCUUGGCAUUGUCUAUCGCGAUCUUAAGCCUGAAAACGUCCUUGUGAGGGAAGAUGGACACAUAAUGCUUUCCGACUUUGACCUCUCUCUCCGAUGCACGAGCCGCCCAAGAAUUGUCAGGUCUGCAUCAGCUAGGCCUGGAACUUAUUGUUUCCAACCUGCUUGCAUCGAACCGUCUUGUGCAGUAACCCCAGCAUGUUUCUUCCCUCGCAUUCUUAAUAAAUCCAAUAAAGAGCGAAAACCAAAGAACGAAGUGGGAAACCAAGUCGCCCCGGUGGAGCUCAUAGCUGAGCCAACAGGGGCCCGCUCAAUGUCGUUUGUCGGGACCCAUGAAUACCUGGCACCUGAAAUCAUAAAAGGUGAAGGUCAUGGUAGUGCAGUGGAUUGGUGGACUUUAGGUAUUUUUUUGUAUGAAUUAUUGAUUGGUAAAACUCCUUUUAAAGGGUCCGGGAAUCGUGCCACACUGUGUAACGUUGUUGGUCAGCCGGUUCGGUUCGAGUCACCUGUUAUCAGUUCUGCAGCAAGGGAUCUGAUAAGGGGUUUGUUAGUGAAAGAUCCCAAGAAGAGGUUGGCAUACAAAAGAGGCGCAACAGAAAUAAAACAGCACCCUUUCUUUGAAGGUGUGAAUUGGGCUUUGAUUCGUUGCGCAAGCCCACCCCAGAUUCCAAAUCCGGUUGAGAUUGAACGGAUUCUUGCCCCAACGGUGUCCAGCAAAAAGGCCGGUAUUGAUGGUAACCAUGAUGAGAAAGGCUCCAACGAUUAUCUUGAAAUCGAUUUCUUUUAAGUAGAUUCCAGACUUGAUUUGCUACUUGUUUUCUUCCUCAUGGAAAGCUGUAAGUGCUUGCAAAAUAAGAAUCCGUCCAAUUGCCAACGAAUGAGUUGCCACAUUAACAUGCUAUACGCAAUGUUGUAUAAAUUGUUGUGUUUGUACGUACUUUUUUAUGUAUAUAAUAAGACUGGUAAUACGUUUCAAGUUGUCAUUAAA